UGAUUCUAUGUCUAUGGCUGGACCAGCUUCAAUUCCUGAUGAGAGUCCUGUGGACCCCAACUGCCCUACUGCUUUCCCAGAAGCCUUGCAAAUGAUUCACCCUAUGACUGCUGACUCCUGGAAAAACUUCAUUGAGCAAAUAGGUCUCCUGUAUCAAGAAUAUAGAGAUAAAUCUACACGUCAAGAGAUUGAAACUAGAAGGCUGCAAGAUUCACAAACAGAUAUUGAAGAGGGUUCAACUACUGAAGAGACACCAUCAGAAAGUGAAACCGCAGAUGCCACGGAGAGCAAGGCUGUUCCCCAGAUUAAUUUGCUUAGGAAUUCUACUUCCAGGUUCAAUUUAUGGCAAGAUCUUCCAGAAGUCAGAAGCAGUGGUGUUCUGAAUAUUCUCCAGCCAGAUGAGAUCAGACUUCAAGAGGCCAUGUUUGAACUGGUCACUUCAGAAGCUUCAUACUACAAGAGCCUGAAUUUGCUGAUAUAUCAUUUCAUGGAAAAUGAGCGAUUGAAAAAGAUCUUGCAUCCUUCAGAGGCUCACAUCCUCUUCUCCAAUGUUAUGGAUGUAAUGACAGUUAGUGAGCGCUUCCUCUUGGAUCUUGAGAAGCGGGUGGAAGAGAACAUUGUAAUCUCAGAUGUCUGCGACAUUGUCUAUCAACAUACUAUUAAUCAUUUCUCGGUGUAUGUAACUUAUGUCUCCAACCAGACCUACCAGGAAAGAGCUUAUAAGCAACUCCUGCAGGACAAGCCAGCUUUCCGGGAGGUGAUCUCACAGUUGGAACUGGAUCCAAAAUGCAAAGGUCUGCCUUUCUCCUCAUUCCUGAUUUUGCCUUUCCAAAGGAUCACUAGGCUGAAACUACUGGUGCAGAAUAUCCUGAAGAAAGUGGAGGAAAAGUCUGAACGUGAAAUCACUGCACUUGAAGCUCACAAAGAACUGGAAACGGUGGUAAAGGCUUGUAAUGAAGGUGUUAGGAAGAUGAGCCGUACAGAGCAGAUGAUCAGCAUCCAGAAGAAGCUGGAAUUUAAGAUCAAGUCUGUGCCCAUCAUCUCCCACUCCCGUUGGCUGCUGAAACAGGGAGAACUCCAGCAGAUGAAUGGUCCUAAAACAUCACGUACCCUUCGUACAAAGAAACUGUUCAGAGAAGUCUACUUGUUUCUCUUCAAUGAUUUGCUAGUGCUCUGCAGACAAAUCACUGGUGACAAGUACCAGGUGUUUGACUCUGCUCCCCGGGGACUUCUCCGGGUGGAGGAACUGGAGGAUCAAGGACAGAGCUUAGCCAAUGUGUUCAUCCUGAGGCUGCUGGAAAAUGCUGAUGAUCGGGAAGUCAGCUACAUGUUAAAGGCAUUGUCCCAAAGUGAAAUGAAGCGCUGGAUGAUUUUGCUUGCUCCAAAUCGGCGAACCAAGUUUGUUUCCUUUACAUCCAGACUCAUGGAUUGCCCUCAAGUACAAUGUGUCCAUCCAUAUGUGGCUCAACAGCCGGAUGAGCUCUCACUAGAACUGGCUGAUGUACUGAACAUUCUGGAAAAGACAGAUGAUGGAUGGAUCUUUGGGGAGCGUUUGCAUGAUCAAGAAAGAGGCUGGUUCCCCACCUCAAUGGUUGAAGAGAUUAUGAACCCCAAAAUUCGAUCUCAGAACUUAAAGGAGUGUUUCCGGGUACACAAGUCAGAUGACAGCCAGCGACGGAAGAUGGGCAGCAGGAACAGACAAUGAUCAUUGCACACAGUUACUCAUUCUUCAUCAGAAGCAAUUUAUGGCUGGGUCUGAGACAAAGGGAUUCAACACUCAGAUGGUGGCAUGGAAAACAGCUUUUGACAAGCAAGUCUUCUCACCCCUGACCUAGUGGGCUUCACUGGAUACUUGGCACUGUAUGGGUUAUAUCUCUUAAGACAGAGUUAGGAAAAAAAUGGAGAGGUGACUAUGAACCUAAAUAUAUUUCCUAGUGUACUGUAAAUUCCAAAGAGUGUAGUAUCUGUUAAUCCUGCAUGGUGAGGAAAUAGUGAACGUGGAAGAAGUGGGGGGAAAAUCUCUCAAGACCCAGGAAACUAGCAGCUGAAUAUUGUAGCAUUCCAUCUGAUGGUACAAUGAGGUGCAGCAUUUGUUUUGCUAGUGGCAAAAAGGAAAUCUAGGAGCACUGUAUCUUUCAAGCUCUCCACUGUCAGUUGUCUGUCUACUUGCCUCUACACUCAGGAAGCUUUUUUUUUUAAAAAAAGAUCACCUGUACUGACAAGGCCUUUUAUGUUCAGAUAUAGCAGAAGAAUCGGCAAAGAAAUUCCUGUAAAUAAUAAGUGCCAAUAUCUGGUUCAAAAUAGUUCAUAGUAGUCAUUCACCAGUAGUCUUGGCCUAACCAGCAAGAAACGAAUGUGUGAUUGAGAGAAGGUUAUACUGAAGUGUGGUAGAUAUACUUUUUAAAAACAAGAUGGAAUUAAUCACUCUAACGGAAAUGUAGGAUCAGACUACAAUCCCUGUAUUGUGAAAUUUUGCUGUCCUUUGCCUAGCCUAUUUUUUUCAAAGUACUAUCUUCACUGUACUAAUUUAUUGGGCCUGUAUCACAGUCCAGUCCCAGAGCAUCCUGUCCAGCAGGAACAUCCCUCUGUGCUAUAAGCAACCACUCCCUGCAUUUAAGUAUCAAACAAAGUUAUCCUAGACACCUACCAGUGAUUCCCAUCAACCUUGUAAGUAUGGCAGAGUUGAUGGGCACUGCACAGUUGAAAUUUCUUUUGACCUAAAUGAAUGCUGCACUGAAUUGUACAGAAUAAACACAAAUCCCUCACACAGGUUUCACUGGUUGGGUUUUUUUUUGCACUUUUCCCCACAUUGUUCAUCUGUUAUAAAGAAGGGGAAAAACAAAAACAAAGACAAAUGUUGUAGCCAGUAAAGGGCAUUCAUGACAUUCUGUGGAGACGCUGCCUCUGGGGAGCUAGAGAAUUCCGUUGCAGACAGGCCAGCCAAGGCUCUGUGUAAUUUAUUGCUUUUCCUUUAUAUAUAUAUACACGGACUCUGAAAAAAGUAUUUUAAAUAAUAUAUCUGUCAGAUUCAGAGAGUUCUGAAUGUAAGGAUGAUUAUACCAGAUAAUGGUCCAAUGUUCAUGCUAAGUACAAAAAGGAUGACUUUAGAAAAAAGGUGGCACACUUUUAUAUUAAAUGUUGUCUGCAAAAGUUGUACUAUGGUGAACUUGUGGACAGUUUGUGUAUAAUGCUUUCAACCUGAUGUAUAUAGGAAAGCCUCAAAAAGAUAAAAGGACAAAAAAAAGGAGGAAAAUAUCCCCUUUUAAUGCAAAACUUCGAGCCAGCAACAAUAUGCUUUGGGAAGGAAGAAGAUGAACACAGCAUUUGUCUAUGGACUCACAGAAUCAAAUAUGAAACUGAGAUCAACAAAUUAAAAGCUUGUAAAGCACUUUGUAUAUUAAAAUGUUAUAUAAAUAA